CGAACCGGACGACCUUCACCGAAAACUUUGAAAUCUGCCAUUUCUGGCAAAGAGAAUCUUACAAAAUCACCUAAAAUGAUGAGUUUUGUGGCACGGGGUGGUGCCCUUUCACCUAGUUUUGUUGCUGUCUCUCAAGUAGUCCCAAAUUCACUUCGCCCUCUCAUACCAGCGGUCGUAGAUAAGGCCCAAUCGAUCGUUGUGCAACCACCUCCAGAAAAAGGGUCCACUUUUUCUCUUCUCUCAAGUUUACCAAAAAGUGCCACCACUGCUACCACCACACUCUUAGGAAAAAGUCAAGUUCGCUUCGCUCAUACUGACAUCCAGUUCCCAGACUUCUCAGACUACAGACGCAAGAGUGUGCAGAACAGUAAGGCGAGUUCACAAUCCACAGCAGAUCCAAGGAGGCUUUUUACUUAUUUGGUUGUAGGAGGUACUGGCAUUGGUGCAGCUUAUGGAGCGAAAUCAACUGUCUUUGAUUUCGUCAGCUCGAUGAGUGCCUCAGCUGAUGUCCUUGCUUUGGCGAAAAUUGAGGUCAAGUUGGCAGACAUCCCUGAAGGUAAACAUGUGACCUUCAAGUGGAGGGGAAAACCACUGUUUGUACGUCACAGGACUGACGAAGAGAUCGCAACUGAGAAGGCUGUGAAUAUAUCUGAGUUGAGACAUCAGGAAAGUGAUGAUGAGAGGGUCAAGAAGGAUGAGUGGCUUGUGUUGCUUGGAGUCUGUACACAUUUAGGAUGUGUCCCCAUCCCUCAUCAGGGAGAUUUUGGUGGCUACUACUGCCCAUGCCACGGCUCCCAUUAUGACUGCUCGGGUAGGAUCAGGAAGGGCCCAGCGCCCCUCAACAUGGAUGUUCCAACAUACGACUUCCCAGAAGAUGAUGUUUUAGUUGUUGGAUAAAAAGAAAUGAACUUAGGCAAUUAUUUUACUGUAAACUGGCAGUGUAAAAAGAAUGAAUGAGUGUAAAUAACAUAAGGUAGCAUGUCAUGAGUUGGCAUCUGGUCCUCAAUGACUUGACAUUUGGCUAAGAAAUUGUUACUUUGAGGAUAGUGGAAAGAACUAAAUAUGAAACUUACGUCAUCUUUUAUAGUGUACAUCUAUGGCUUGGAACAUUUCAGAACAUUUGGUAGCAUCUGUGUUGAAAGCUUUUGAGAGAAUCAAGAAUGUUGUUCCAAGUCGAAAUGAUGUUAUCAAGAAUUAAUAACGACUAGAUUCUUAAUGUUAUGUGUGAUAUCGCACCUUAUUUAGUUUUCAAUUACAUGUGUCUCGGAAAUAAAAUGUUUUGAUGGAA